AUCAGGAGGGUGUUGAUCGUUCCAAAAGAUGAUACGAUGUUACCAGCUUCCUCCCUACUACCUUUCUGCAGUUGUUUUUGUAUGAGAGAUUUCCUAGCUUGGCCCCUAUGCCAAAGGUGUUUUCCAUUGAAGAAAGUGAGUCGCGUUCUGCUAGGUGGGCUGAGGGAUGUGUAUAGGGGAGUUUGGCCAGCAUUUUUGAUUUUGAGGACAAGUUUGUUGCUCGUCCUGGUUUGUGGAGUAUCUUCUACCAUUGCCUACCGCCUAGAUGAUUGCAAGCUUGUUCUCGGGCCGGGUGUGUCUUAUUUGGGGGAUGCGGAUUCAGUGAUGGUUCUUAGCACCGUUUCUGGGUAUUUACCUUAUUUUCUGGAUGGCACAUACGGUGUGGUGGCCUAUAAUCCUUUGAGGGUUGCUCGACAGUUUGGUUUGGACCAAGGGGUUCCUCAACAUCUUCCUUCUCCUGCACCUUCGGCCGCCGACUGUAUGCAAUUAUAUGUAUACUCUUUUCUUUCAGAAGAAUUAAGGUGUCGGGGGCGAGUUGUGCUAGCAACUAAGGGUAGAAUUGGCGGAACCACCCCUAGUUGGAAGAAGUAUUGGAGAUGCAAUCUUGCAUUAUUUCGGGCUUUCUUGAGUAGUGAUCUUGAUCCUGUCCAUGUUGAGCUCAUUCCGUCUGAUGACCCCGAGUUAUGUAUGGCUCGCGGAGAGCGGGGCUUGUCAGCUGCAAAUAGGGGGGAACUCAACCCACUGGCUCGCUUAUCUAAGGUGACUAUUGCUUUGGAACAAACCCAGAUAGUUUCUCCUGACCGACCUUCUAGUGCCAAGCGUAAAAGGCCACCUCCUUCCUCCGUUCUUGUUCCAGUGCCUGGGAGAGUACCUCCAAAGAUUAGAGGUAUAGAUCUGCCUACUAAAACCAGGGUUGCCCGCCAAGCGAGGGGUUGCUCGACUGACACCAUUGAUUCGUCACAGGGGUCGGCUGGCGCGUGUCAGAUAAAAUUGGCGCGGCAUAAAGUCUUGCCCAUAGGUGCUGAGGACGAUGUAGAAAAUUCAGAGGAUGAUGAAGAGGGUUCGGAUCAGAGUCUUGAGGUUAUGGGGGCAAGGGAUGAUGUUGAAGACGAUAUUGGAUGUGACAUGGUUAGUGCUAGGCCUUCUUUGUUGGAUACACCAAAUUCUAGGGAUGCAUUGGUUCCUUUGCGGGCCAAGAUUGGAGGUGGUGUCCCUAUUGCUCGCUUGUUUGAAGGUGGUUGUAAUUUUUCACAUAGCGAUGUGUUUAGCUCACGAGUUAGAGGUGCGAGUACAUCCGUGAGCUUGUCAUGUGGCAUUGGUUCUUCUGCGCCCAUUUCUUUGCAUGCUUUUACGACCUCUGCGAGCCUAGAGAGUAAUGUGCCCACCAUUCCUUCGAGCUCCGAAGUUAGGGUCAACGCGCCUAUUGUUUCAGCUGGUUCAGACAUGGGUGGUGUGCUCGUACGCGAGUUGUUUGGCUUUAUUCAAAAGGAUGCCAGUGAUAUUGGGAGUAGCCUUCAAAAGCCGUCACUACCAGCUAUUGAUGGAGAUUAUUCCCUCAUUCAUGCUACUGAUGGAGAUUUUUCUCCUAUUCAUCUUCCCCGUGGCAGUGUGGUUCUUAAAGGGAUCGAUGGGAAGGAAAAGCUACUGGAUCCAGCUGUGUUGUUUGCCGGGGUAAAAGCAGAGUUAAUUCCUCGACUACUCUUUGUUCUUCAUUAUAAACCCACCACUUUCAUGCACUUGGGUAGCUCUUAUCUUCGGACUUAUUUUUUGGAUGGUUUUGGAGAAUUCCUUAAGGAGCUUUACAAGUUAUCUCCGGAGACAGCUUCUCUUGAUGACGUGUUGGCCCAACGUGCUGUUUUGGGCGAAUUUCGAGAUGGUCGGAUUAACAGAUUGGAGGUGGGUUGAUUGGAUGAUUGGUUAUCUCUUCUUGAAUCCCGGGUCAGGAGGAGGA